CGCACAUUCCUUUUGUCCAAGAUGGCGGUUAAGAAGCAGGUUGUAUGAUGCUGGUUUAUUUUAACCCGUUUUUUUUUAAUUUUUGCUUGGUCUAUGACGAAAUGCAUUUCUUGUCAGAUUGACUGUGCAUGUGCGCGUAUUGUUUUGCAUUUUACUUUUUUUUUUAAGUGUAGUGCACAUACAGACGCGUAGAAUUCAUUGCUGCAAGAGCGCAAAAAAAGUUUCGGCAUAAUCGAAGCAUGAAACGGCAGGGUGAGCGAGACUCCAGUCCUGGAAGAGCUACGGCCAAAAGAAUCCGUGAGAGGGACCGGGAUCGAGAAAGCAGCCGAAAAGAGGAUGGCACAGCUGCAGCCUCGCUAACAUCGGAAAGUAGGAAUUACCACAAACACCAGGCCCGUAGCCGGAGCAGAGAGAGGGAGAAGUCCAACAGUAGCAGCCGGACACGAGAGGAGGCCCACCAUCGAGCGCACCACCACGAUAUUGGCGUUAACAGCCGCCAGCCGCUCAGGACUACAGGUACCGUUCCAAAAAGUAAGACGGCGCCCGAUCUUGGGAGCAGCGGAGGCCGGGCAAACAGCAGCAGCAGCAACAGCAGCGUGGAGUACAAGACUCUGCUCAUAAGCAAUCUGGGCUCUCAGCUUUCAGACGAGGAUGUGGAAGAUGGACUGUUCCACGAGUUUAAAAAGUUUGGAGAUGUCAGUGUCAAGUUAUCCCACACCCCUGAACUUGGUAGAGUGGCUUACGUAAAUUUCAGACACCCCGACGACGCCAAGGAGGCAAGGCACGCCAAAGGCAGGUUAGUUUUAUACGAUCGCCCUCUUAAAGUUGAACCUGUCUAUCCCAGGAGGCGCAGCUGCACUCCACCCGAUGUCAGCUAUGUGCCGCUUCACGCCAGCUACCCCUACAGACAAAGGUCCUUAUCACCGGGGUCCAGCAAUUUGAGAGAGCAGAGGCCCCGGCAUUACGCACUUGAGGCCUUAGGACUUAGAGACAGAGAGCGAGCUUUGGAGUAUGUUGGUCUUUUUGAUGAAGGGGGGAGGUCUUACUCUUUCCAGAUGCCAGAAGAGGAUUUAUUGCCUGAGGAUGACCAGAGAGCGACCAGCAAUUUAUUUAUUGGCAACCUGGAUCACAAUGUGACAGAGUCGGAGCUUAGAAGGGCUUUUGAUAAAUAUGGAUUGAUUGAAGAGGUGGUAAUCAAACGCCCUGCCCGGGCACAAGGAGGUGCUUAUGCUUUUCUUAAAUUUCAUAAUUUGGAUAUGGCUCACAGAGCUAAAGUUGCCAUGUCUGGUCGCGUAAUUGGCCGCAACGUUGUGAAAAUCGGCUAUGGCAAAGCCAAUCCCACAACCCGGCUUUGGGUUGGGGGUCUGGGACCAAAUACCUCAUUAGCGGCUUUGGCACGUGAAUUUGACCGCUUUGGCAGCAUCAAGACCAUUGAUUAUGGCAAAGGAGAUAGCUUUGCGUACAUCCAGUAUGAAAGCUUGGCUGCAUCCCAGACAGCUUGUGCCCAGAUGCGUGGCUUCCCUCUUGGGGGGCCUAACAGAAGACUACGGGUCGAUUUUGCCAAUGAAGUCGGUGCACGCACCUAUCCACAGCAAUACCAGCCUCCAGGUCCUUUGCCUGUUCAGUAUGAUUUGCUUGCAGAUGGCUACCGUGGUUUGGAGCGAGAGUUACGAGCAAGAGAUAGGACACCACCUCAUUCCGUUUACCCAGACAGAGAAAGGGGGUUCCCUGAGGGCAGCUGGACAGGUCACUCAAAAAGUUUAGACCGCAGGAAUAAUGUGGAUGGUAUUGGACGAGGUUUGGUUCGCAGUCGAAGCAAAGAGCGGUGGACAGGUGAUAGAGAAAAUGAGAGGACUGCUGCUAAACCUUGGGACGACCGCCGAAAGCGCAGGAGCCUCUCAACUGAACGGGCAUAUGAAGAACGGGGGCGACCUAAAACACGGGGCUCAUCCCCAGAACGCAGUCCAGAUAGAGUUUGGAAGGAUGGCCGGUUCACGGACAUUGUUGCUGACACCCGUGACAUCAACAGUGCAACUCCUGAUGGUCGUCCUUGUGCAGCAGAGGACAAAACCAAUAGUGGUGUACUUGACUCACCAUCAGCAAAGAAAAAGGAUGCAGAUCAGAACCAUAGAAAUGCAGAGUCUGAAGAGGCAAAAGCAGAGGAUGGGAAAGCAGAGUCCAAAAAGCCAAACACAUUAUUAGAAUAUGCCCAGACUUUGCAGCUGGUUUGGCAUGGGGUCUUGGUACUAAAGAACAGCUGUUUUCCUACAGAUAUGCACCUUCUGGAAGGUGGGUCUGCAGUUGUCAAUAGUUUAUUAAAGGAUUCUGUGGCUGGUGGCAAAAUUACACAGUUUAAAAUUGCCCAGCGCUUGCGUCUUGACCAGCCUAAGUUGGAUGAAGUCAGCCGGCGGAUUAAACAAGGAAGCCCAGAUGGGUAUGCAGUUCUUCUUGCAGUUCAAGCUCCUCAGGGAAAAGAAGCAGCACCGCCUGAACCAGGACUUCACAAGAGGCUUCUAAGAAACUUGGUAUCAUACUUGAAGCAGAAGCAAUCCGCUGGUGUAAUUAGCUUGCCAUUAGGCGGUGGAAAGGACAAGGCGUUUACUGGGAUGCUGUAUGCAUUUCCUCCUUGCGACUUCACCCAGCACUAUCUUCAGGGGGCUCUUAGGACUUUGGGCAAGUUGGAAGAGGAGCAUCUUGUGGUGGUGAUUGUCCGAGACUCCCCUUGAACUGUAAAACAUUUUCAAAUUAACUGUCUAUAGACAAGCAUUUUUUUUUUUUUUGUAUGUAUUGUUCCUUAUCGUUUUACAUUAUGGAUUUCAAUGGCAGCUGUUUUUUUCUCUUUCUAAGAAAUGAGAUAUUUAAAACAUUGCUAAAUUCUCUGUUUUGUACUGUUUUGUACAGUAGUGGCCUAUAUGAUAUGUGAUGAAACCUAAGAGCAAACUUCUUUUCUUUUCACAUUUUAACUUAACAGAAUGUUAGCCGCAUUUCUUAAAAAAAAAAUAUAUAUAUAUAUAAAGUUUUAAAACUGUAUCUGUGGCAUUUAAGGAGAGUGACACCACCUCUAUGAAAUGAAUUUUUUAGACUAUUUUGAAGGGAGUUAUCUUUAUAUAACAUUCUUAUCGGAGGAAGGUUAGUUUUGUAACUUUUUAAAAUAUAAAUAUUAAAAAGUCAGAUUGUCUUUCAGCUCUUUGCAAGUGAAGAGAUCCUGGUUAUGUUCAAAUUUAUUGUGCAAAACAUCUUAAAGACAGAAAUAUUCUGUGGUAAUUCCAAAUGGAGAAUUGAAAGGUGUUUACACUUGACAUUUAAACUACUUGUACUUUUUUUUUUUUUUUUUUUAUAGACCAAACUGUGUUUGGGGAUUUUUUUAUUCACUUUAAUGGAUUAAUUUCAGGUUUUUAAAAUUUUAAACUAACACACUAAACGUGACAUUCUUGUUCAGAGCAGCCCUGCAAAAUGAUUUGUAUGCUUUGUGCUGCAGAUCAGUCAUAUUACGGCCAUUAAUUUAGUCCUUCUGUUGUGUUAUAUGAAUAAUGGAACUUUUUUUUUUUUUUAAAGAUCAUUAUCUUCAAAUAUUUGGAGCAAAAUUGUGCAAAUGCGAUGUUCUGUUUACAUGUGAAUGCCCAGGUUUUGAGUUAACUCUGGGCUCUAUCUUGGUUUACAUGAUUUUAUUUUUUUUUUAAUUAGCACUGUUUGUUUAGUUACGUAGGAAAAGUCAAAAUACUGACAGCCUGUGGCCAUUACGUACCCCUUUAAUUGAGUAAGAUUUGCAUGAUGCACAAAGGGAUUUUUUAUUUUUUGUGUGCUAUGCUCCAUCAUCACCUCUGGAAUGAUUCAUACACACGUUUGUCUUACCUGACACUUCCUUUUUCAUUUAGUUACAAAUGUUGUAUGCAAAACGUCUUAUUUACUGAUUACAUCAUGUAUAAUGUGUGAACAAUUGAGUACAAAACUUGCAUUAGUGUUGUUAAUAGAAAAUACAUUUUUUUUUUUUAAAGAAAAGGUGAAAAUAUUUGUUGUGGGCUCUUUUCUUAGGAGUUUUUAAUUAUUUUAAUUUAUGUUGGUUGUGUACAUUAAGUCCUCAUAAUAUCUGUUGACUGGGCACCAAAUAUAAGAAAAUUAAUUCCUUAA